CUCCACGUCAACCACGCCCAUACGAGGACCCCCCGGCCAGCAUCUGUUCCCCGACCGUGUCAACACUAUAGAUUACAGCCUCUGAUAGGGUGCAACGAGUCGAACCAUCUCGUAACCGAAGGACAGAAAACCUGCCAGAAUCCCGACCGAUGCGGCCGAAGGGAAAACCCCCAAAUCCCAAAGGGGACUAGCGCCGAACGUGGCCAGCCCUGACGACGUCAUGGACUUCCGGCCAGAUUCGGUCGAUGAUGCACCACUGCUUUCACCACUGCUUUCACCCGUCAGACCAUACCAACCCUCUUAUAAAGAUGGGAGGGACACAGUUGCCACGAGAAAGGAGGUUCUUCUCCAUCACCUGAAUCCCCAUUCACAAUCACGCACUCCAUUCCACAAUGCCAUCCGACGAGCUGAGCAUAUCGGCCUACGGUGCCGCCCGCUCCACCAUCAAGGGCGAGCCCCUCGAUGCGGAGGAGAUCCGCAAGACAGACGCCUAUUUCCGCGCCAGCUUGUACCUGUGCCUGGGCAUGCUCUACCUCCGGGAGAACGUCCUACUGCGGGAACCGUUGAAGAAGGAGCACCUCAAGGCCCGUCUCCUCGGCCACUGGGGGUCCGAUGCCGGCCAAUCCUUCACCUGGAUUCACAUGAACCGCUUAAUCAAGAAGUACGACUUAAACGUCCUGUUUGUCUCGGGGCCAGGCCACGGUGCCCCCGGAAUCCUCUCCCAGUCCUACCUGGAGGGUGUCUACUCCGAGGUCUACCCAGACAAGUCCGAGGACGUGGUGGGCAUGCAGAAGUUCUUCAAGCAGUUCUCCUUCCCCGGCGGGAUCGGCAGUCAUGCCACCCCGGAGACGCCCGGCAGUCUGCACGAGGGCGGGGAGCUGGGCUACUCGAUCUCGCACGCCUUUGGCACCGUCUUCGACAACCCCAACCUCAUCACGCUGACCAUGGUGGGCGACGGCGAGGCCGAGACGGGCCCGCUGGCGACCAGCUGGCACAGCACCAAGUUCCUGAACCCGAUCACCGACGGCGCGGUGCUGCCGGUGCUGCACCUGAACGGCUACAAGAUCAACAACCCGACGCUACUGGCGCGCAUCAGCCACGACGAGCUGUCCUCCCUCUUCUACGGCUACGGCUGGACCCCCUACUUCGUCGAGGGCAGCGACCGCGAGAGCAUGCACCAGGCCAUGGCCGCCACCCUCGAGCACUGCGUGCUGGAGAUCCGCAAGGUCCAGCAGCAGGCGCGCGAGUCCGGGAAGCCCUUCCGGCCGCGCUGGCCGCUGAUCGUCCUGCGCACCCCCAAGGGCUGGAGCGCGCCUCGCGAGAUCGACGGCAAGCUCCUCGAGGGCUUCUGGCGCGCCCACCAGAUCCCCAUCACCGACGUGCUGACCAACCCCGCCCAUCUCAAGGUGCUCGAGGACUGGAUGAAGAGCUACGGCCCGGAGAAGGUCUUCGACAAGGAUGGCAAGCUGAUUCCCGAGCUGAAGGCGCUCGCGCCCACGGGCAACGCCCGCAUGAGCGCCAACCCCGUCGGCAACGGCGGCCUGCUGCGGCGCCCGCUCGACCUGCCGGACUUCCGCAAGUACGCGUUGAACGACAUCGAGCCCGGCGUUUCGGUGCGCGGCAGCAUGAUCAACAUGUCCAAGUUCCUGCGCGACGUGGUGGGCCGCAACCUGACCAACUUCCGCGUGUUCGGGCCGGACGAGACCGAGUCCAACAAGCUGUCGGAGAUCUACAAGGCGGGCAAGAAGGUGUGGCUGGCGGAUUACUUCGAGGAGGACAACGACGGAGGCAACCUGGCGAUGCAGGGCCGGGUGAUGGAGAUGCUCAGCGAGCACACCUGCGAGGGGUGGCUGGAGGGGUACGUGCUGUCCGGUCGACACGGGCUGCUGAACAGCUACGAGCCGUUCAUCCACAUCAUCGACUCGAUGGUCAACCAGCACUGCAAGUGGAUCGAGAAGUGCCUGGAGGUGGAAUGGCGGGCGAAGGUGGCGUCGCUGAACAUCCUGCUGACGGCGACGGUGUGGCGGCAGGACCACAACGGGUUCACGCACCAGGACCCCGGGUUUCUGGACGUGGUCGCCAACAAGAGUCCCGAGGUGGUGCGUAUCUACCUGCCCCCGGACGGCAACACCCUGCUGUCGGUGACGGACCACUGCCUGCGCAGCGCCAACUACGUGAACGUGAUCGUCGCCGACAAGCAAGACCACAUCCAGUUCCUGGACAUGGACGAGGCCAUCGCGCACUGCACGAAGGGGCUGGGGAUCUGGAACUGGGCCAGCAACGACCAGGGCCACGAGCCCGAUGUCGUGAUGGCCUGCUGCGGCGACGUGCCCACGCACGAGGCCCUGGCCGCCACCGCGCUGCUCCGCGAGCACGUCCCCCACCUGAAAGUGCGAUUCGUGAACGUGAUCGACCUCUUCCGGCUGAUCUCCAAGAUCCACCACCCGCACGGCAUGUCCGACCGCAUGUGGAAGUCGAUCUUCACCGACGACAAGCCCAUCAUCUUCAACUUCCACUCCUACCCCUGGCUCAUCCACCGGCUGACCUACAAACGUCCGGGGCAGCAGAACAUCCGCGUCCGGGGGUAUCGCGAGAAGGGCAACAUCGACACCCCGUUUGAAUUGGCGGUGCGCAACAACACCGACCGCUACAGUCUGGCCAUCGACGCCAUCGACCACGCCCAGUCGCUGGGGAAUACGGCGGCGGGCGUGCGCGAGAAGCUGCUGAACAUGCAACUGCUCGCGAAGCAGAAGGCGUUCGACGACGGGUUGGAUCCGGACUAUAUUCGCAAUUGGACGUGGCAGUGGCCGAAGAAGAAGUCGGCGGGUGUCUAGCCCAGCUUACCCCUAUCCCUGUAGCCUCGGCUGCAGCUCAACGAUCACAACCCCUUUCUUAUUCCAUGCGCAGGUAUAUCAAACAGUCACUUAAUGCGAUACCGGAGUCUAGUGCAAUCUAAUGAACCUUACAAAAACAAUUC